AUGGGCUACGCCACAUGCUACGACAUAGGCUACGCCAAAUACUACGACAUGGACUACGCCACAUGCUACGACUUGGGCUACGUCACAUGCUACGACUUGGGCUACGUCACAUGCUACGACUUGGGCUACGCCACAUGCUACGACUUGGGCUACGCCACAUGCUACGACACGGACUACGUCACAUGCUACGACAUGGGCUACGCCAUUAUGCACGGAAGGCGGCGGAUGAUUGCCAGGCCGCCAGGCAGGAAGCAGGACUCGGUCAAGUCACGAGAUUGUGCGCGUUAUGUCUUACGCGUACUCGAACCCAACGACCGCACAGCCCAAAGUAAUUACCUGAAGCACUCAUAG